AUGAUUAAAUUUCAGGGUUCCUUGGAGAUAACGCAGAGCACAGAAGAUGAUCCUCUACUCGAUGCACCACUUCUUCCACCUCAUGCGUUGCAUUCCCAAUUGAGACCGAGAUUCCAUGCUAUUCCUACAGUCUUGGUUGCCAAUUUUCUGUUGCUUAUACAUGUUGCUUUUGUUGUCUUAGUAUUUUUAGCAGGUAUAUAUUGUUCUUAUGUAAACCCAAAUGAGGAUGAAUGCCCUGGAAACUACACAAACCCAUUUAAGGUGCAAAGUGUCAUAAUCAUUGCGAAGGUAAUUCUGUGGAUUCUGCAUGUUGUCUUUGAACGAUAUGUUCAGCAUCAUCACGGUAAAGUCAGAUGCAGAGGAUACCUCCUGAUCUACCGAUCAACAAGACAUCUUAAAAGGCUGCCGCUCCUUAUACAUUCUAUAGGAAAUGCAGCCCUGCUUCUGAUACUGUCAGCUCAGCAUUCCUUUCCUAACUACAGUAAAAAGUAUCUCUACCUUAUCCUUGGAGUCUUGUGUCUGGAGCUGAUUUGUUCUUUGACGUGCAUAGUCGUUUACACAGUGAAAAUAAGCAAUUUCAACAAGGCAAGGCCAAGGCCUGAUAUAAUUGAAGAAGAAAAGAUGUAUGCUUACCCCAGUCGCAUUACCUCGGAGAUUGGAUUCAGGGAAAGCUCAAGUUUGGAAGAAAUAGUUGAAAAGCAAGGAGAUGUGAUAGACUAUCUCCAACGACACAAUGCGCUGCUCAGCAAGAGACUACUAGCACUAACAUCACAGCAAAUCAGAGGUUAGAAAUAUCCAGGAAGCUGCUGCU